AUGGUUGGCGGUGUAGCUGUGUACCCUGCCGGGUGGAAUGAAGCAGUGGUUCAGGAGACUUGUGGACCCACUGCUGACCAGUAUAAUAUUGGUCGCUGCCAUAUCCGAUGGGCGUAUAUCCUUGCGAUAAUCGGUUGCCUUGACGGAAUUGUACUCGCUGCUCUGGCCUUCAUACUUGCCACCAAACAUGUACGACUGCAACCUGAUACCAGCUACCCAUCACCGUCACUGUAUAAAGGCGAAGUAAACAACGCAUACGUGACUGACGCGACAUCUAUGGCCGGUUCGCGCAAAUCACUAGCACUGCAACCGGUGUUGAUAAUGCACCCUCAUGCGCCACUAGACGUCGACACAUACUCACAUUAUUCGGGACGGACUGCUCGCUCAAAACACGGAAUGUAUGCGAACUCUAUGCAUAAUUAUUAA